AUGGGCAACGCAGGUCUCAAGCAACACAUUGAAACUGCUCAAAAAACGGGAGUACUGAAAGUCUCCCAAGGGAAACUGAACGAAUUUCCCCCUGGGUUCAAGCAAUUGGAGUCUUGCCUUCGAACCCUGGACAUAUCUGAUAACAAAUUUGUUGUCUUGCCCAAUGAAAUAAGCAGGUUCAUGCAACUUAAGCAUCUAAACAUAAGCAAGAACCGCCUGUCAAAAAUACCGGACUGCAUUGGAGCCCUAACAAAACUGGAAACCUUCAAUGCUAGCCACAACAACCUCUUAGGCCUACCAAGAACCAUUUCCAAUCUCAUCCACUUGAAGCAAGUGAACCUUAGUGACAACCAUAUCAAAGACUUUCCACUGAGUUUCUGUGGGCUAAAAUAUCUGGAUGUUCUGGAUUUGAGCAAAAAUGAGAUCACUGCAGUGCCAGCAGAGGUGUCUGGUCUCAACAUAACUGAGCUCAACUUGAACCAGAAUCAGAUUGCUCAAAUAUCAGGACAAAUUGCAGAUUGUCCCAGGUUGAAAACUUUGAGGUUAGAGGAGAACUGUUUGCAGCUGGCUGCUAUACCUACUAGGAUAUUGGCAGAUUCCAAUAUUUCAAAUAUUUCUCUGGAUGGGAAUCUUUUUGAGGCUAAACAGCUGUCAGAUUUGGAAGGGUAUGAGGCUUACAUGGAGAGAUUCACAGCUGUGAAAAAAAAAUUGUUUUGA